AUGAAGAGUAAAUUAAUUGGUCUUUAUUUGACGAAUCAUGGGAAAAACUUUCAAGAGUACAAUCAUAAUUUGAGAUAUUUGCUCGAUCAUUUGAACGGUGCGUCCAAUAACCUUACUUUGGUAUCAGAACCAUCAUCAUUGAGACCAUUGAGUUCUGUACAAUUGAAACUGCAUAUAUUAAGCUAUUCAAUUUUAGAAAUUUCACCCCGGACAUGCCCGUCCCUCUAUUGCAUGAGCGGAUCGGAAAAGAAGGCCAAAUUGGAUGAAUGUUCUCUUGCUGAAAUUGAAAAAUGCAUUGUUAGACUUAUUUACGGAAAGUUUGAUUGUGAGAACAAGUUGAAAAUUCGACAAAUAUUUCAUCAUUUUCGUAUUUAUUUAGAAACAUCCAAACAUGUUACUAUCAAGUUUGACUCUUUGUUUGACGUCCAUCUAGUGAGAAUAUUGUGGAGUAAGGCCAAGUCUAUUCAUUGCCAAAACGGAGGUUCUUCUGAGAAUUUUUACUUUUCAAUUCCUCAGAGAAAUUACCAAGAAGUACUGAGCUGCACUGAUAGUAAUCACCAUUCGAACAAUGUUUCCGUAAAUAAUAUCGAUCAUGACAAGGACGAGCAAGAAACAGAGUUCGAUAGAAAACACAAGAAACGAAAAAUGCUAUCCCAGCAGCAAUCCAACGACGAUCGCCACUCCUUAACGACUCUCCAACUUCUCAAAAAUUGGUCCACUCAGUUGAAAACCUAUUGCACACAAUUGGAGGAAUUGAAAGUGAAGCUAGAUUAUGAUUUACUUAAAUACAUGAUAUGGAAUCAUGACAAAUGUAUUUGUCCGUUGCUGAGAAAUUGUGAAGCCAUUAUUCUUCCUGAACACUACGAGUCCAUGACAACUAAUGCAUGCACACAAGAACUCGUCCAUUCUGCAACAAGUUCCUCAUCCUCAUCUCUUGGCCCUAAUUGUCACUAUAAUUUUGUGACAAAAUUGGAAUGGAUCGUGUCCCGUGAAUCAACUCAUCAUUUCUGGGAAACGCUGAACAUCAUGGCGACAAAUUUUCUACCACAUUUUCCAAAUCUAGAGUCUCUAACAAUCAAGGGAUUUCAUGUAAAUAGUUCCUCGACCUAUACUACCUCUCCCUUAGGCCCGUUAAUAGAAUAUUAUUCGAAACAUUCAUGCACAUGUCUAAAAAGCUUGAGUAUGGACAUUUGUUUUUCAUUUAACUCGAAAACAUGCGACGUGUUUUGGAAAGGCUUAUGGAACGACAUUUCGCAACUAUCUUCCUUGGAGAAGUUAGAAAUGAAUGUUGGUGUACUCUCAUGCGACAGUAGUGAUAUUUUACUUGUUGUAGAAGAGGCCUUUUCAUUGCAUGAUGAGACAAAUUAUAUUGCUCUCAAUGGAAUCAACAAGGAUGAAAAAACUCACCACACACCAUCACCACAGGUGAAAAUACCCAAUUUAAAAAGCAUCUCAAUGAGCAUCAAAAAAGAUGGACAAAUAAUUAUUGACCAAUCCAUGCUAUUAACGUUGCUCAAAUACAGAGUUAAAGACUUACAAGAAAUUGACAUUGAUUUUCGAGUGAACAAUGAAACUCAAUUCUCUCAAUGUUUUGAAUAUUGGAAUUGCUUUGAUACAUCAUUGGCUUGGUACAAUAUCAGAAAGCUUAAAUUUUCGAAUGUGAAACUGGAUUCAGAAAAGUGUGACGUGCUGGGUCGGUGUCAUACACUGAGGUGGCUCAUUUUGAGUCACAUCGAAUUUGAUUCACAUGAUAACGACGACGAAAAGCGCUAUGUUAUUGAAUGUCUUGCACAAUCACGAUCCAUUACUCAUUUAGAGCUUCCAUAUUGCAAUCUUAAAGAUUAUCAUUUGGAACCAAUAUUUUUGAAUAUGAAUCAGCUUGAAUUACUGAAUUUGAAACAUAACAAUGUUGGACCUUUAUUAUUGCUAGCUCAUUUAACCAAAGUAGAAAUUGGCAACCCCACUUCAACUGUACGGAAUAAUUUGAUACAUUUGUAUGCUUUGAAUUUAGAAGGAAAUUCAAUGAUUACUGAAGAACAUAUCAACAAACUUCUGGAACACAACGAAACAUUGACUUAUUUAACUCCUCAAAGCAAGGAUUCGUUACCUUUACCUACUUUUACAUGGCAGUAA